GUCUUCCAUUAAAUGCUAAACUAAAUGAGAAGCAUAUGACUUUGCUUGUCUUUAUUGCAUGAAACUGCAGUUGGUCCAGUUAAAGCUUUGAACGAUAAGAGCAACUAUAUUAACAUAUUAAGUUGAAUAUUUUCCAAUAUAUUAGUCGAGCAGGACUGAUUUAUCAUUUUGCAUUCAAGACUGCAUGCUGACCCAGCCUUAUUUACCCCACAGAAGGAGCUUUUAAAGUUUGACAGUUUUUGUAGUAGUAUCAUUUCAGACUGCUGAAAAUAAUCUCACUCUUGUCUAGCCAUUUGGAAUUAAUGAAGAGAAAACCAUAUUGAAACAGUCACACAAGAGAUCUCAAUCAGCGAAAACGGUAGGUGUUAUCUUCCAAGAAGUUAUCUUAUCAGUUUUAACAAGUUAUUGUAAAAGUUUAUUAUAUACUAGAUUACAUAUGUUAAAAGUUAUAGUAUUUUUUUCUAUUGUAUGCAUGCUAUUUUUUAUAUUUAAAUACAUUGUUAUUACUUUGUUGCAUAUUUCAAAAUUUAGUUUGCUCUACAAAAUAGUCCUUAAGACAAUGAAAAAAAUACUUUUCAGUCCCAGGCUGGGCUCAGCCCUGUUCCUUUUAACUAUUUCAUCACCAUACAUACAAAAUCUAAAACAAUGUUUUGUAUGUAUUUCUAUCAGCACUUAACUCACAAAACAAAUCUCCAAUGUAUCAAUUUGUACUUCUAUUUUUCUACACUGUACAUUGUCAACUUUUUAACAUUGGAAAUAUUUAUAGAAAGAAUGCUAAGAGUUAAUAAUUUUUCCACGUUCCUUAAGCAUUAGAAAUCACUGCCAACUAGACCUCUACGCUUUAAAUAUUGUUUUGAGAGAUUGCUUUUUUUAUUUCCAGUCACAAAGAAAUCAUUCUGCUUAGUCCUUCCAGCUCAAUACAAGCCUCAGCCUCUCAAAAUGAAGACUUUGCAGAAAUUUGGUCUCUUCUUUUAUUUUUUGUUGCCCUUGGUGAAGUUGGCACCACCUAAACAACACUCAGCCACAUUUUAUGACCCUGGUUUGGCCACUCUUGAAGAGACAAUAUUUAAGCAAAGUUAUGAAGACAUAAUAUUUAAGGAGGAUUAUGAAGACAAGCCACAGGAUGCAGUAAAAAAUCAGGUAUUUGACAAGUUCUGUGUUCAUCUAUGCAUGCAAGCAUGUUCCAUGGGUAAUUAUGAAAACAAGUGGAAAAAAUAAGGAUAAUGUAAAGUUAGCCAAAAUAAAAUCAUAAUAUAGUUACACACAAUUGUUUUAUUUUGUUCCUUUAUCAUAGUGGAACUGUUUGGGCACAUAGGAAUGGGCAAUGUGCCAUACCUAUGUGGGCCACAAACAAUGGGUGUGAGCCCACAUUUGCCUUAAUGCAUGACUUUUAUUUCAAAAGUACAUUUUACCAAUUAUCUGUUACAUUAUCAUAAAGAGUGACCAUUCUGCACUGAUAUACAAAAAAUCAAGUGUGGUCCAUUGAUCUAUCAUGAACUCAUUUUCUGGUCUAGACAAGUCUUAGGCUUAUCCCAACCCCCCAAUCCCUUUUGUGUAAAAUAGGUUUAACAGUGGCCUAUUUUAUGAGGGAAACAUUAACAUAUAUUAUAAGGAAUUUUGUGCAUUAUAUAAAUGAUAAACAGCUAUACAGUACAACCCUCAAUUAUUCAAACCAAAACAGAGCAUUGUACCUUAACAAGCCUUAUAAACUGCCACUACAUUUAAUGAAUUUACAAUGUGCUGCCCUAUUCAAUAGUAUUAAAUACCUGCCUUGUGACCAUUCAGUGAUGGGCGGGCUACAAGUACAAAUAAUAAAUAAAUCAGUAUUUAAAAUUAUAUCGUCUAGAAUGUAGUACACAUAUGCAGAAAACCUAUGGUGGAUCAAAGCCUCAUGACAUGAUGUUCAGAGCCAAUGCCAAAAAGAAAUUUAAGGUUUUAGCAUUUAUGUUGUUGUUGCGGUUGCACAUGUGACAAAGCUGGAGCCAAAAACACUCCCAUACUGCCUACUUGCUCUUUCAAGGGAAGUGCAACUCAUCCAGGGCAGCAGUAUUCAUAGAAUCAUAAAGUUGGAAGGGACCCUGAUGAUCAUCUAGCCCAACCCCCUGCAAUGCAGGAAUACGCAGCUGUCCCAUACGUGAAUCAAACCUAAAACCUUGGCGUUAUUAGCACCAUGCUCUAACCAACUGUCACAGUUGGUGACAAUUUAAUUAUUACAUUAUCUGCACAUGUAUUAAGUUCUUAACUGUUUAUUCCUUAAAGAUGUCUAUUUACUAUUUUUAAAAUUGUUUACCUAAAAAGGAGAAAGUGUAACAUUUUAAAUAGAGUAAACUGUGCUUUGCACCAGUAGAUGGCGCUUCAGUAAGAUGAACUUCAGUUUAUAGUACAUAGCUUGCGAAUUUGUUUUAUGCAAAACUAGCCCAUGUAAUGUAAGAUACGUUUAAUGAUGUUUGAGAUUGCUAUAAUCCACCCUGGGUCCUUCAGUGAAGGAUGAGUAAUACAUUUAAUAGUGAAAAGAAGAAGUGAGAAAGGGGUUAAAGAAGGGCAGCCAAAGCGAUUAGAGUACUAAAUGGGGAGAAGCUAAUGUUUCACUUAAAAGAGAACCAAAUACAGGGGUUACAACUGAAGGGUAUUAAAACAAAGACAAAUUGCUUUUCUAUUCAUAAUACUCAAACAGGAUAUGGACAACAAAAUUAACUCAAUGAACAUUUAAGUGCAUCAAAGACUUAAGCUCUUCUCAUGUAUUCAUACAUUUACCUGAAUUUUUGCAAGUAGCACAAUAGUUUGUCACCUCAUAUUUUAAUACCAUUUAUAAUUUCCCUGUCUUUUAAUUCAUGAACAAGAACAACAUCAAAGCAGCAAUACCCAAACUCGGUGGCACAUUUGCAUACCUUGAGGGGGACUGGGGUAUGAUUUAUAAUUAUUUAUAAAACAGCCUGAAGGAAAAAAGACCCAGUAGAACAAAACCCUGCUCACAAGUUUACAGUAAAUUAAAUUAAGUCACCUUGUUGGAUCCCUCCACCAUUCCAUGUCUCUUCAAAACAUGACUACAUAAGGAAAACCCUGCCAAAGAUCUAGCUUGUCCAACAUUCUAUUCUCCAAGGGCCAACAAGAUGCCUAUGGGAAGCUUACAAGCAACUGGUUUUCAGAGGCAUGCUGCUCUCAAUGCUGGGGUAACAUAGCCAUAUAACUAGUACCCCUUGGAGCCAGGAAGCCCCCCAUAUGGCAAUUGUUCCGCUGCAGCCCCAUUGCCAAUCUAUGGGCAGUGACAUCCUCCUGAGGAAAUGCAUACCGGGAUUUCCUCCUAUGCAACUGAAGGCACAAGAAAAUCCCAGAAACAUCACUGUUGUACAGAAAUAGCUGUAACUAUCCAUAGUCAUGCUGCUCUGAGAUUUUUAAACAAGGCAACUCCCAAGUUACGUUCCAAGACACUGCGUGUGUAAGUCAAAUCACAUGUAUUAGAAACACCACUGAAAAAGCCGGCAAACACCCUGUUCUGCCCCCGUUCUUUUUUGUGAUGUUUUUGGGUGGCUUCCAGGUUCAGUGUGAUGCACAUGUACACAGUCACACACAUAUCAGUAACACCUAAAAUGGCCACUGCCUGUAUUAAGCAGUUUAUAAAUGUUUCAUAUACUUAAACAAUAAAUGAAAGGUCAGAGGACCCAGUUGAUGUGAUGAGGGGUGAUCCUGCUUGAUGGCUGAGCAAUAUGGAGUUGCAAAAAGGAUGGUCAGCUCAGUCCCAGUAGUUGUCUCAACUAUAAUGCUGAUGAUAUGGAGCAAAACACAAUCAGUUGUUUGUCCAGCUUCAAAGUGUUGUUGUGGUAUCUGAGAGGCUUUUAUUCCCUCAUUUCAUUUUCCCAGCAGAUCCCAGGGCAGGAUUCUGAACUUCCAAAAUUCUGAUGGAACUACCAAGAGGGCCCCCUCUGCUAAUAUUAACACUGGGGAGGGUCUGUAGGGAAUCAAGGGGCCUUUCAGAUAUUUGAGGUCUAAAUUGUUUGGGGCUUUAAAUACUAGCGUAAGCACCUUAAAUUGGGCCCAGAAAAGAAUUAGCAGCCAAUGCAGCUGUUUUAGAACAGGGGUUAUAUAUGAGUAGUAAAGGCAGCCCCAGCCAGUAAUCUGGCUGUUGCAUUUUGAACCAGUACAAGUUUCUAAGUCAUCUUAAAGGGCAGCUCCAGAGUGCACUGUAAUAAUCCAACCUGGAAGUUAUCAGAGCACUGAGUACUGUGGCCAAGUCAUCUCUGUCCAAACGGGGCCAUAGCUGGCAAACAAGCCAUAGCUGGAAAUAGGCAUUCCUAGCCACGGAGGCCACUUAGACCUCAAGUUACAGUGCUGGAGCCAGGAGUAUCCCCAAGCUAUCAACCUGCUCCUUCCAGUGGAGUGCAAUCCUGUCCAGAACAAGCUGUGUUUACCUCUUGGACUCAAGAAAUUGGAACAUACAACACCUUUGCUGGUCCACAUCCAGCCUGCCACUGCCUCCACACAUCAUCCCACUUCUUAUUAGUCUGAGUGUUCAUUGCAAUUCAGAAUUGGUAACCAUGGUUUGAUCCCAGUUACAGGGAGCACUGGGACACGGGUGGCACUGUGGGUUAAACCACAGAGCCUAGGACUUACUGAUCAGUAGGUCAGCGGUUCGAAUCCCCACGACGGGGUGAGCUCCCAUUGCUCGGUCCCUGCUCCUGCCAACCUAGCAGUUUGAAAGCACGUCAAAGUGCAAGUAGAUAAAUAGGUACUGCUCCGGUGGGAAGGUAAACGGCGUUUCCGUGCACUGCUCUGGUUCGCCAGAAGCGGCUUAGUCAUGCUGGCCACAUGACCCGGAAGCUGUACGCCGGUUCCCUCGGCCAAUAAAGCAAGAUGAGCGCCGCAACCCCAGAGUCAGCCAUGACUGCACCUAAUGGUCAGGGGUCCCUUUACCUUUACAGGGAGCAUUAAACCCACAACCUCCCAGUUCAGUCAUCACAGCAAACUACCAGCCAGGUUAUACUGUAUUAAGCUGGGUGUGCCAGGGAAAGAAGCUCACAUGCGGUGCAUGCAUGAUCCAAUAAAUCAUGGUUGUUGGGCCAGGAACAUGACAUCUGAUCUGCCCACUAGCAAAUGGAAAUAACAAAGUAUUGCUUAAUUUAACUGUCUGUAUUCAACAUGAGGUGUCACAUGAAGUUACCCUAUCCCAGAAGUACUGCUGAAUGUUAGAUUUUGGUGUGUGUGUUUUAAACUAGAUUGUUUCCAGUGCUCCAGGAAAUGUUCCAGACAAUGUGGUUUAUUAACUUUUAAAGGUUUUACCACCACUAUUGAAAAAUAAUAUAUUAAUCCCUGCAUGUAUUUUUAUAACUUCCUACAUAUAAGGAAAGCAAUGAUAUGCUCCUUUUCCACGAAAAUGAACUGCAAAUGCAGAGAGAUGAAGAGAUACUUAGUGAGGGAUCAACAAAUUUAACAGGUAAGAUUUUACCACAUUACAGUAUAAUAUCAAGCUUAAAACAAACAAACAAAAUAGUUACCAAAAAUGUGAGAAAGUAUGCACACUGACAUAAGCAUCAGAAUUCAACUUGCCACUUGCUUGGAGCAAGUAAUGAUUGCCCUGAAUGAACCACAAAGUGCAAGAUGCACUGGUCUCCCCUUCUCCCCUAUUUAUAAUGCUUCUAGUCAGAGAAGCAUGUUUUGGCAGCUGUGUGCAUACACACUCACAUACUCCAGGCUUUAAAAAUUGUACUUUUUUUAUAAGCCUAGACAGCAAGCACAUGCUCACAGAUAUCACAGAGUUGCAUUUUCCCAGACAAAAAUGAUGCCAGAGAAAGCAGAAAGCUCAGCAACAGAUCUCACUUCUCAACUACAGUGUUAGUGCUGACAAUAUGUGAUCAAUCAGUGUUGGGUCUAGCUGCUUCAGAAUCAUGACUAAGGUUUCUCAGUGUCAGAAGAACAGGGGAUGGAGAACAAAAAUACAGUGGUACCUCGAGUUAAAAAUGCCUCAGGUUACAAACACGUCAGGUUACAAACUCCACUAACCUGGAAGAGUUACCUCAAGUUGAGAACUUUGCGCCAGGAUGAGAAUGGAAAUCAUGUGCCAGCGGCACAGUGGCAGCAAGAGGCCCCAUUAGCGAAAUCCUCUAGUUAAGAACAGUUUCAAGUUAAGAACGGACCUCCGGAAUGAAUGAAGUUCAUAACUAGAAGUACCUCUGUAGGCAAUAGUGAAGUGAGUAAAUUCCUCUCCUUGAAAACAAAUGAGGAGGAUUGAACCCAUUUGUCAUAUGAAAUUUCAUUCCAAUAUCCUAAGGUUUGAGAAAUAUUACAAUUAAAGCAAAUAAAAAGAAAAUAGAGACUAUUUCUCAUGAUCUGACUAUUAAACCUGGAAUUCUAGUUAACCUACAUUUGUUAUCCUUUCAUCUAUCUGUAUUUUUCAACCCAUACAACAAUAAGAAAUGGAGUUGAAAACAUUUUAGAAAGAAUACGUACACUAUCUCAAAUUUACAAGAUAUGGUAAGUUUCUAUGCUUUAGAAAUCUAAAUUCUAAAAUUUACUAGGUCAAGUCUGUUUGAAUAAAGUGCUAUGUAAAAAAUUCUGUUGACUGACACUAAAUUCAAAACUGUCUGAAGGCCUCAUGUGAUAUGAGUAAAAAAAUGUUUCCAUAUCCUAAUGUCUGCAAAAUGCAUGUAAGACAAUUUGAAUAUAGCAUUUAUGCCCCAUAAAGUGUGCCACUAGGACUGACAGACAAUCAACCGUCCAACAUUCCACUUACAUAGAAACAAAAUUAUCUUAUUUCAGAUUUGGCUACUUGUCUGCUGUGUGUUUGUUUAAGUGGUUCAGUUUACUGUGAAGAAACAGAUAUGGAAAGUGUUCCAGCUCUGCCAAAAGAAACUGGCUAUCUUUAUGCACGUUUCAACAAAAUCAAGAAGCUGAAAGUAUCUGAUUUUGCUGAAAUUCGUAAGUAUAUACUUGAUUUAAAACUACAUACCAUACUUCUUGACUAUACUAAAGGUUUGGGUAAAACAUUAAAAAUACAUUUCAUUACCUUUAAAUUCAUGUCCAUAUACUACUACUACUGAAGGUGAAUUACAUCUCAUUCAUAAAAUUUUAACUGCAACCAUCUAUAUUAGUAAACAAAUAAACACUGACCAAGAUCACUCUAUUCUUUUUAAGUUCAAUUCAUUUAUUAUUCUUAUUUUUAAAACUUAUUUUUUCAGAUAAAUAACCACAGGUAUUGUAUGAAUCACCAUCCUGGAAGAAGCAAUCCUUUCCCACACAAGGGACUAUCUCUUUACAUGAUUCCUGUGGCCACAAAGUCAGACCUAGAUAACAACUAAGAAAGAACAUUUUAAUUUUCAGCAGUACCAUUUUCUUCAUAUGCAUAUACAUGUAUGGUUAAUUAAGUAUUUAAUUGAUUAAUUAAUUAAUUAUAGAAUCAUAGAAUCAUAGAGCUGGAAGAGACCACAAGGGCCAUCGAGUCCAACCCCCUGCCAAGCAGGAAACACCAUCAGAGCACUCCUGACAUAUGGUUGUCAAGCCUCUGCUUAAAGACCUCCAAAGAAGGAGACUCCACCACACUCCUUGGCAGCAAAUUCCACUGUCAAACAGCUCUUACUGUCAGGAAGUUCUUCCUAAUGUUUAGGUGGAAUCUUCUUUCUUGUAGUUUGGAUCCAUUGCUCCGUGUCCGCUUCUCUGGAGCAGCAGAAAACAACCUUUCUCCCUCCUCUAUGUGACAUCCUUUUAUAUAUUUGAACAUGGCUAUCAUAUCACCCCUUAACCUCCUCUUCUCCAGGCUAAACAUGCCCAGCUCCCUUAGCCGUUCCUCAUAAGGCAUCGUUUCCAGGCCUUUGACCAUUUUGGUUGCCCUCCUCUGGACACGUUCCAGUUUGUCAGUGUCCUUCUUGAACUGUGGUGCCCAGAACUGGACACAGUACUCCAGGUGAGCUCUGACCAGAGCAGAAUACAGUGGCACUAUUACUUCCCUUGAUCUAGAUGCUAUACUCCUAUUGAUGCGGCCCAGAAUUGCAUUGGCUUUUUAGCUGCCGCGUCACACUGUUGGCUCAUGUCAAGUUUGUGGUCAACCAAGACUCCUAGAUCCUUUUCACAUGUACUGCUCUCAAGCCAGGUGUCACCCAUCUUGUAUUUGUGCCUCUCAUUUUUUUGCCCAAGUGCAAUACUUUACAUUUCUCCCUGUUAAAAUUCAUCUUGUUUAUUUUGGCCCAGUUCUCUAAUCUGUCAAGGUCGUUUUGAAGUGUGAUCCUGUCCUCUGGGGUGUUAGCCACCCUUCCCAGUUUGGUGUCAUCUGCAAAUUUGAUCAGGAUGCCCUUGAGUCCAUCAUCCAAGUCGUUGAUAAAGAUGUUGAAUAAGACCGGGCCCAAGACAGAACCCUGUGGCACCCCACUAGUCACUCUUCUCCAGGAUGAAGAGGAACCAUUGAUGAGCACCCUUUGGGUUCGGUCAGUCAGCCAGUUACAAAUCCACUGAGUGGUAGCAUAGUCAAGACCGCAUUUUACCAGCUUCUUUACAAGAAUAUCAUGGGGCACCUUGUCAAAUGCCUUGCUGAAAUCAAGGUAGGCUACAUCCACUGCGUUCCCUUCAUCUACCAGGCUUGUAAUUCUGUCAAAAAACAAGAUCAGGCUAGUCUGACAUGACUUAUUUUUCAGAAAUCCAUGCUGACUAUUGGUGAUCACAGCAUUCCUUUCUAGGUGCUCACAGACUGUUUGCUUAAUGAUCUGCUCCAGAAUCUUCCCUGGUAUUGAUGUCAAACUGACUGGGCGGUAAUUAUUUGGGUCCUCUCUUUCCCCCUUUUUGAAAAUAGGGACAACAUUUGCCCUCCUCCAGUCUGUCGGGACUUUGCCUGUUCUCCAGGAAUUCUCAAAGAUGACUGCCAGUGGUUCUGAGAUCACAUCUGCCAGUUCUUUUAAUACUCUUGGAUGCAGUUCAUCUGGCCCUGGAGACUUGAAUACAUCUAGACUAGCCAAGUAUUCUUGUACUAUCUCCUUAGUUAUUCUGGGCUGUGUUUCCUCUGCUGAAUCAUUUGCUCCAAAUUCUUCAGGUAGGGCAUUGUUUUCUUUAUCGGAGAAGACUGAGGCAAAGAAGGCAUUGAGGAGUUCAGCCCUUUCUGUGUCCCCUGUUUGCAUUUCACCAUCUUCUCCUCUGAGUGACCCCACUGUUUCUUUGUUCUUCCUUUUGCUAGACAUACCCAUAAAAGCCUUUUUUGUUGCUUUUAACCUCUCUAGCAAGCCUGAGUUCAUUCUGUGCUUUAGCUUUUCUGACUUUGUGUCUACACGUGCUGGCUAUUUGUUUGAAUUCCUCUUUGGUGGUUUCCCCCCUUUUCCAUUUUUUGCACACAUCCUUUUUUAAUCCUAACUCAGUCAAAGGUUCUUUAGAUAGCCACCCUGGCUUCUUUAGGCACCUUCCAUGUUUCCGUCUCAUUGGUAUUGCCUGAAGUUGUGCUUUUACUAUCUCCCUCUUAACAAACUCCCAGCCAUCAUGAACUCCCUUUCCUUUUAGUAUUACUGUCCAUGGGAUCUCACCCAGCACUUCCCUAAGUUUUAUGAAGUCGGCUUUCUUAAAGUCAGAAAUUGAGUCCUAGUAUGCUUGGCUGCUCCUUUCCGCUGUAUAGUAAACUUCAGAAGAGCAUGAUCACUCGCGCCUAAUGAUCCUUCCACUUCUACCCCACUAACCAGGUCAUCAACAUUGGUUAGGACCAGAUCUAAAAUGGCUGUUCCUCUUGUUGCUUCUCCCACUUUCUGGACAAUGAAGUUGUCUGCAAGGCCAGUGAGGAAUCUGUUUGACAUUAUGCUCUUGGCUGAGUUUGACAUCCAACAAAUAUCCGGGUAACUGAAGUCCCCCAUUACUACUAUCUCCCUUCCUUUUGCAUGCUUGGCCAUCUGUUCCAGGAAGGCAUCAUCUAUGUCCUCCGUUUGGCUUGGAGAUCUAUAGUAAACUCCCACAAUGAGGUCAUUGUUAUUCUUCUCUCCCUUAAUUUUGACCCAGAUGCUCUCACUUUGGCUUUGAGGUUCUAAAUCUUGGAUCUCUUCACAGGUAUACACAUCCCUGACAUAUAACGCCACUCCUCCUCCUUUCUUGUCUGGUCUGUUUCUCUGAAAUAGAUUGUAUCCCCCCAUUAUUACAUUCCAAUCGUGGGACUUAUCCCACCAGGUUUCAGUGAUGCCUAUUAUGUCAUAUUUAGUUUGCUAUACCAAGAGCUCAAGCUCAUCUUGUUUAUUUCCCAUGCUUUGCGCAUUAGUGUACAGACAUUGAAGUCCAUUAAUCAUUCCCCCAUGUCUCUUAUUUAAGGAUUUUUUCCUCCCACCACUAGGUCUGCGUGCUGUUUGCUCCAUUUGGUCUAUGACAUUUGGAUGAUCAUCUUCAUCAAUUGAUAGACUCCUACCUUCAGGAGCACUGUCUCCCUCCCCCACAUUAGUCAGUUUAAAGCCCUCCUGAUGAGGUUUCUGAGAUUUUUGGCAAAAACAUUUCUCCCAACCGUUGUGAGGUGCAGCCCAUCGCUUGCCAGAAGUCCAUCUUCAAGAAACUGCAGUCCGUGAUCUAAGAAUCCAAACCGUUCCUGUUUACACCAUUUGCGAAGCCAUCUGUUCACUUCCACUAUUUUUCCCUCUCUCCCUGGGCCAUGUCGUUCAACUGGGAGGACAGAUGAGAUGACAAUUUGUGCAUUUAAUUGCUUUAAUUUCCUGCCCAGAGCCUCGUAGUCUCUUUUGAUCUUCUGGAGGCUAUUGCUUGCAGUGUCAUUGGUUCCCACAUGAACCAAGAGGACGGGGUAUUUGUCAGUGGGUUUUAUGAUUCCUUGCAGUCGUUCAGUUACAUCUUGGAUCUUAGCCCCGGGGAGACAGCACACUUCCCGAGACAUCUUGUCAGGCCCACAGAUCACUGCUUCUGUUCCCCUCAGUAGGGAAUCCCCUAUCACUACUACACGCCUCCUCUUAGGUUUGGUCGGGGUUCUUCUGUGAGCUGUCCGUUCCAAGGUCGCCUGCACAUUCCCUGAGGACUGACUUUGCUGCUCGUCUUCAUAUACCUGAUCGACUGUAAUGAGGGAGAGAUCCUCAAAUGGAGUCUGCUCUUCGUCUUCCAUGCUAGGGGAGAGGACCUCAAAGCGAUUGUGUAUUUCUAAACAAUCAGAGCGAACCCUGGGCCUCCUACUUCUUUGAGUCACGUUUCUCCAUAUAUCUGGCUCCUGUGUUGGUGAACUAGCCUCCUUCUCAGGGGAGUCCCCUGUCUCCUCCUUGGUGGAGACGGUGUGCUCUGUUGCUUCCAAGAAGAGCUCCAGCUCUCUAAUUCUUUGGAGCGUAGCUACACGUUCCUCCAGUUGGUGGACUUUGUCUUUUAAGAGGGCAAUCAACAUGCAAUUGCUGCAGGUAAAGCUGCCUGCAACCUUUGGCAAGAUGGCAAACAUUGCGCAGGAACCGCAGGCGACUGCAGCUGUUCCCUCCCCCUCCAUCUUGAGAACAUGUCGUUGGGGGUGGCUACAGCGGUCCUCCAUCAUAAAAAGCGUGAAGACAGGACAAAUAACUCCCCCCCCAAAAAAACCCCUAGGUCUCCCCCAACAAACAUUUGAGACUAGCUCCCCUAAAUCUAAAAGAUGGAUCAAACCUUUGCACAGGGAGAGCAGCUAAUCAGCCACAAGGAAACACACACACACAAGAAAUUAAUAUUUCUUCAUCAAUGACAACCCUAGAAAUAAGAUAAAACAGCAUAGUACUUUCCUUGAACAAUGCCCACUGAAUGAGAAAGGAUUAAUCCUAGAACUCCUUUCUGUAAGUUGAACACAGUGCUACUCUAGGAGGAAGACCAAAAAAAGAAUACAUGCUCAUAGAUUAGCAGGGCAACAUUGUGUAAGCUGGCAGGAAGCAGACACUGGGUACCCUUGAGCAGCCUGAUCAAAUGCCAAAAUCUCAGCAAAAAGGGAUUAAAAAAAAAAGUAGCUUUAGUACUGUGGUUUAAACCUUCCUACAGAGCCAACCACCCAGCUCCUCAGAGGGCUGCAGAGCAAUCAUUUGAUUAAGUGGUAAAAGAGAGAUAACAGCUGAGGAGGUGAGCCUGUUUGUGCACUUUUAUUACUGAGUGUAGUGGUGGGGGGCUUCUCUUCUCUGACAGCCCAUAUGCACAGAAGAGGAAUGAGCACUCCUUUGCACUAGUCUGCUCACUCAGUUGCAUGAAAUUCCUGGUCGUCUGUGGUUACCAGGCUAGUGCUUAAAAGAAUGAAUUAGACAUUUACAAUUGGUGCUGCCACUGUAAAGGAAGAACAUUGGAGGACAUUGAAGGCAAGCUUAGUUUAUUUGAAGCUCUUCCGAGGAGAAAAAUUAUCAGCGCAAUACCCAGGACUCCAUAACUAGGUUGCACAGCACAGCCUACUAUGCAGCAACACUUUACUAGGGGCUUAGCAGGUGAUUGCUUACAAAACGCAUCAGAGCCUAUCUUUUCUUUCUUUCUUCUUUUUUAGCCACACUGAAAAGAAUAGAUUUGACUGGAAAUAUGAUACAAGAUAUUGAAGAUGGGACCUUUGCAAAACUAGUAUUAUUAGAAGAACUUUCACUUGCUGAUAACAGACUUGCCAAGCUUCCAGCUUUGCCUCCAAAGCUAACUUCACUGAAAGCAAACAAUAACUUUAUUAAAAGCAGAGGAAUUAAAGCAAACGCUUUCAAGGUAAUAAAAUUUAUUAUUACAAUUGAUUCCUAUGUCAUGCUAAGCCAAACCAUGGCUUAGUGCAACAUGUACGCUCCAUGAGAGAACAUCCUGGCCACUUGGUUCCUCCUCAGUUGUUUUGCUGCUGUGCUACAGUGAGCCAUGGCCUGGUGUGUGCACGUCGUCCGAACCCAAUCUUGUGGUUUAGCUCUUCAGACUAUCUAAGAACUAUACCCAAGAUUUGUCCUGUAGUUUAUAGUUUAUGCUUUGGGAAGCUUUUCUACUUCUUCAAUACAAUAUUGCAUGGGAUCCCAAUCCAAAGGACCAUACAACUAGUUUUGCAUCCCCAAGAGGGCUGUCAUCUUGUUUCUUAACAUAGCAGCCCACCAUGCUACAUAGCAUUUCACCAUUUUUUGCUCAAAAUAUCCAAAAACAAGUUGUUCAGAAUUAAUGUUAUGAAAAGAAGAGGUAAAGUAGCAUAAAUAAACUGGGAUUUAAUUCAUUAAUUUUGGCAUGCUGAAUGGCUUAUAUAUGCCCAGUGAAAUCUUUGAUCCUCUUCAUGCUCCUCUCUCCGCAUCUACAGCAUCUAUCAUAUUGGUGUUGGUCCAAAAGAACUGAAGGAGAUCACUUUUUUAAAAAUGUGUUAUUCUUUUUAGAUUAAGUAAUAUAUUUAUUUAUACUACAGGCUUCAAACAUCUUUCAACACAACUGAAUAGCCCAAUCCCUAUCAAUAGAUCCAAUUAGUAACCAAUUAUCUUGUUUAAACUGCUUGUAAAACAGUUUCUUUCCCCCUCCUUUUCUGUUUCUCUUUUACAGAAGCUGACCAACUUGUCAUUUCUCGACCUAGGACACAAUUUACUCGAGUCUGUCCCACUUAACUUGCCAGAGAGCCUGCGUACUCUGAAUCUUCAGGUCUGAAAACAUUUUGUUGCUGUUGCACAAAGAAAUAUUUGUAUGUGUGUGUGUAUACACACACACUACCAAUGGCCCAAGAGAACUCAGCUUUACAAUUUUUUGUUUCAUUUUUGUAUUUUAAAAUACUUCAUCAGAAAGGUGGUUUAUAAAUUAAGUUAAUAAAUAAAAUAAAAUAGAAGUUGUGCACUGAAAGCAUAAGCAAGGGAAACAGCAACCUGGCCAAUAAAGAAUACUGUUCUCUGGUAACUUACAGAUUCUUCUGAAGGGAUAUGUUACUGUAGCGUAGGGACUCCCAUUUGUAAUCUAUAGGAAUCUGCAAGUUUUAUUUUUCUUCAUGUAAAGAAGAAAUUUUCAGGGCAGAAUACCAUGCAAUAGACAAACAAUGUUGUAUAGGAAGAGCCAUGAAGGAACCAAACAUUAGUGUAAGGAGUUUGGAAAAACCAUGUCCUAUAUACAAUGUACAUAUUUAUAACAGAAAUCAUUAUAGUGCUGUAGAGAGAAGUAUUGAAUAGGAUUUCAAUGAAAGAAAACAUCAAACUAGUAUAUCUUUUAACUAGCAUUGGAACUUCAGAUUUUUCAAGUUCACUGUUUUGAUUUGCAGUUCAACAACAUAACCAGCAUCACAGAUGAAACAUUCUGCAAAGGGAACAAUCAGACCCGUUACGUUCGGCAACGCAUGGAUAUCAUAAGAAUGGAUGGCAACCCAGUCAUCUUGGGAAAGUACCCCAAUGCUUUUAUGUGCCUGAGAACCUUGCCUAUAGGCACAUACUUUUAAUUAUUAACAAAACUGAAAAUGGUAAAAAGUAGGUAAAGAUUACCAUUUUAUCACGGUUUCAAUUUGUCUUUCCAUGUUAAUAUCUUCACAUAUGUAUAUUCAACACUUUUAGCCGUUAUAACUUCUACCUUAACUUGGUGAAAUUGCACCUUCUGAUUUAAUAAGCCUGAGCCUUUUUUAUUUCUAGAACUUAGACUCAAAUAUAAAACCAGUAACAUAUUCUUUUUUUCAAGGGAACCAAUCUACAGGCAAUGCCCCAUCUAUGUGCAUUCAAUAUGUGCAUGACCAUGUAAAUGCGCAUCACGCUGAACCCGAAAGUGGCCCAAAAAAUCACAAAAAGAGGCAGAAUGGGGCGAUGGUGGGGAACAGGGUGUUUGCAGGCUUUUGUUUUCAACUGUGUUUCAAGUAUGCACUAUUUCACUGACACGUGCAGUACCUCGGAACGUAACCCCCACAUAAAUGGGGGGUUGCCUGUAUUUCAAAAGAAUAAAUGCUUUAACGCUGUGUGGAGAAUAAUCAGCUGAUGUAGAGAGAAUGGGUAGCAUUCUCAUGUGACCAGUCUAAUGUGUUUUAUAUAGGAAACACAUAAUGCACAACAUAGGAGAAAUGAGACAGACUUUGCUGAAGCAGAAUAAACUUUUGUUAUUUUCUAGCAAACAUAAAGUAGCUGGAUUUAAGACACCAGUUUUUUGUCUAAUGGCAAAGUAGGACACAAUAUAUUGGGGAUAAAAUGGAGGCAACAAACAGCUUUUCAUCUUUAAUCAGUAACAGACCUACAAAUAGAUCUGAGGAAGUUUCCCAUUGUUUAAAGUUGGCAACUUCUUAGUUUGCUUUUCCACUUACAGAAACGGAAGUGUGAAGAGAAAGCAAAGGGUCUGUGUAAAGGUGCAUGAACCUCAUACAAAUCCUAGGUUAUUAAGCCAGGAUUUCAUCAUGUGAAUGAGACCAGUCAGAUUGAGUUGUUUAGAUUUCUGAAUCAGAAAUAGUCAGCACCUGAAACUCAUGCUUGGCAAUAUUAAUAUUGCUUAAAAGAUACCAUGCAACAUAGUCUCUGCAUUGAACACUGUUACCAAAAAACAAUUACUCAUUAUCUGAAAAACCCUGAAGAAUAUUAAUAACUGAACAAUUCAUAAUGUACCUUAUUGACACUCUUUAAGCUGUCAAUGUACUUAGAAGGGACAUGCAUCCAUUUUGGUAAUAUUAAGUACAGUCCUAUACAAUUCAAAUAGGUAUUUACAGACAACCACAAUCUUAUGCACAAUUCUAAGUUAUUCCUAUUGAGCUCUGUGGAACUUGAUUCUACCCAAUCAUGCAUAGUACUCUGCAGUAAGAAUAAGCAAUAACUGUGAAUUUUUAUUGUAUUUAAUAUAUCACUCUCCUCAAGCCACCACAUGACUAUUUUUAGAUUGUGAUAUCUGUGCUGUGAUCAGCCAGAGUUUAAACCCUUAUCUCAAAACAGAAGUCAUUUGGGCUGGUUAGAAUAUAAUUGUCCAACUUUGUGUAUGUCAGCUGAAGACUUCUUCAGAAGUACCUUUUUAUCAGUAAAUUCUGCGUUCUCUUUUUUCAUACCAGAUACGUUCUUUUCUGAUUUAAUUAUUUACUAGUAUUGAAGAUUUUUACAGCUAUUAAGCUCUGCUCUAGCUAUGCUGCUUUAAUUGUACUAUGUAUCCAAUCUCAUUUACAUGGCAAAAUCUUUAGAGAUUACUGUUUGUUUUUAGUUUGUGUGUGUUACCUAUUGACUAAAACUCUAACAUGUCUAAUAAUACAAACCAUCAGAAAGAAAAAGUAAGAAAGAGGACAUACUUCACUACUCCUUUGUAAGUAAAUGGUCUUCUAUGACUGGGCAAAGAUGGUAAUACAUAGUUUGUCUUUGGCAAAAGAUGUGGUUGGGCAAUGGCACCAAAUCUCACUUCCAUUUUAUUACCUCAAUCCUUUCCUUAUUUGAGCACUUUCAAUCUCCACCUACAGCCAGGUAGAUUGAAAGUUUAUUUGAUCACAGCAUCUUCCUCAGUCUUACGUUUCAUGAUUUGCCACUCCUCCUACUACAUCCUAUGACAAACAAAUUGAACCCUUUAUUUGCUCUCCACUAAACCCUUCUCCCCUUCCCUCAAUAGGCAUAUUGGGGGAAUUCUCAAAUUGUUGUGACCCAGUCCCCAGUCCUCUUCUAUGACAAUUCCAGAGUUACCAGACUCUGAAUUUGUGACUAACAGUUCAGACUUACAGAUGAGGAGUCUUGUCAGCCUACCAACCACACAAUGAUCCCGACUCUCCCAGAACCUCAACAGACAAGACAGUGAAAAGUUUCAAGCUCGGCAGUCCACACAAACAUAAAACAUUAUUUUUGAGGGACUGAGAUUUUUAAAAUAGCACAGAACCAAACAACCAUGAAUUUAUAUUUUCCCCAAAACUUGCAGUAGCAUUAAAUUAACCCAUAUUUCAAAAACCAAUGUCAUUCAGUUUCCUCUUGUUCCAUAAUGAAGCUGGUUAACAGAGAAAAAGGAAGGUUUAAAAGAAAGCAUAACUUUUCAAAACACUACCUUGAAAUGGGUCAAAGUGCGUUUCCGAUGAUCACACCACUCAGUGAAAUAGGAGAGACAUUUGAAGAACAGCAAGAGAUUCCCACUCUCUUCAACUCUAGAAAACAACAUUAUGCCAUAAAAAAAUAUUUCCGUCCCCCUUACAAAAAUACAUUUAUAAUUUUUUUUAAAAUCUUUAGAUCAUCAUUAGAUUAUCUUUAGGCCCUCUGUUGGAAAGAACUUGCUAAAGCUGUUCAAACCAAAUACCACAUCAUUUUGUGUAUCUUCUGUUUAGGGUGUGAUUUGUUGUACUGUUUUAAACAGAUCUUGAGAGGCUUAGUCCUGAUUUGGAUGCAAUGUUAAUCCAUAGUUUGUUUAGCUUAACUAUAAUUUGUUUGUACAUCUGAAACCAUAGUUUGGGGCCAACAAACCAGUACUGUAGAUUACAGUUUACAGUUGCUUUGUAAAACUCAGUUUGCAUUAACUGUGAUUUGUAAUUACAGCUGUGUUCCAUAUCCUGGUUUAAUUCUUAAUUGCAUUGCUCCACGAAUGCUGCACACUCACCUACACAGAUACAAGUGAAGGGUUGCUGAAAAUUUAUCUGCUUGCUUGGUUAAGAAACUGUCACUGACACUUUCACAGACCUCACACACCCUACUCACUCUGCCUGGCAGCUCCAUUCCCUACCAUCUCAUGAUUGUCAAGCUUCCAGCAGCAAUGAUGGAGUGGGAAGGCAGGGAAGAGACCACAGGCACUUUUACUCAUAUCUAACAAAGAAUACAUGUUAAAAGCACACAUUUGCAAGCCCUACCAUCACCGACAAACUCUGGGCAGGAUUAAUCUAACGAGUCCCAUCAGGAACUCCUGAAAUUGAUUAAGGUGAACAAAAAAUAAAAUGCUUCUGAAGUUCUCCAGCCAUUUGAGAGGUGGGAACAUAUAAACCCAAGGAUCACUGCAAAUUGUGCAAGUCACGCUAAACCACUGUUUACAGUCACAUGAAAAUGAAGUUGUUAAAAGAAAAUUGUAACACAUGCAAAAAACAACAACUUAUGAACCACAAGCUACGUGUGAUAACUUUUAAUGAUGUUGAACAAGGAAAUGUUUCAGAAUUGUUGGAUUCUACAUUAAGUCUUACAAAAAAAAAGGGGGGGUUUUAGAGUACCAAAGCAUGAUUACGUUUUUGCACCCAUACUGGGGUGGGGGGGUCAAAAGCAGUGACCCUUCCAGUUAUGGCAAAAAAUGCUUCAUGUUUUACCCUCCUCCACUACCUACAAAUGUAAGAGUCUUUCAGUGCUUAAUUGGAUCCAGAUGUGAUUUAAUACUCACUUCUGGCACACUACUGAUGGACUCAAAUUUCAGUUGGCUGGUAGGCAAAAGUCAAGUUUAAAUGCUUCAUACUGCAUCAAGUAAGCAGCUUUUGAAAUAAUUACGCAAUGAGUUAGUUGUGUGAUGAUGAUUUAACAAUCAAAUCUAGCAUGAAAGCCAAACACUCGUUUAUAAGAUUUUUUGGGGAAACUCUUUCCCAUCAUUAUUUUGGUGAAUGUGCCACAUCAAUUAUGUUAGGCAAGAGCUGGUAUGCCAAAGUAAACCCAGUCUGGUUUGCUAAAUAUCAAUGGGCACUAUAUACAUAUGAAAACUGUUACUGCAUGAAAUCAACACAGUAAAUCACUUUGUGUGACCCAUACAACAGAUUAUACUAAACAUUGGCUGCCACUUUUUAAGUUGCUCUCAGAAAUGGGCAGAACUUCUGAGAUGCCACUGCCUAUUUCCACAGAUGAAGAGAAAGAGUCAAAUGUACUGCAACCAGCAGAGAAAUUCAAGAUCAGUUAGGCUCAGGGAAAUACCACAUGCUGAAAUAGAAAUCCUCACAAGAAAACCUACAUUUAUGUACUGCAAAGAUGCUGAGCUUAUUUUUUUCAUUUAUCUUUACCUUAAUUUUGCGGCCAAGCAUGUUUCUAAAGGAUCUAAAUAGUUAAAAAAUAAAAAUAGCCAUAUUGAGG